AUGUCCCUUCGCGAGUCGCAUGAAGUGAACAAAUCUCUCUUCGAUUCUGCAACUCAUCCAGAUUACCACACGUUCACGACAGACCUCGAGUCCCGGAUAUACGGAUACACCUGGCCCUCUCCCUAUUACCCGGGCUUCCUCAACCCUCCUGUGACCAGAGUCGCUGUGGCAGGCUGCUCGAUCCGAGUGCUGGACACCGAGGCGGUAGGGGAGGACGAGUACCUGGUGGCCGUCCAUAGCAAGGCCAACGGAGGAAAUAUUGACAUUAGGCCAGUGUACGAGUCGUGCUCAACUACCUGUCCUAGCAACGGUGUCCGCGUGUGUACAUCGUCCCAGCACCUGUGUUCCGAUGCUUGUGUGGCCCCGGAUACCUGUCCAGUCCCUGUCAACGCGAGUCUCGGGGAGGACCUGUCGUACAGCCUCAGCUCCAACGAACGACUGAAGUUCGACGGAAACACGACCGCGGUGGACCACUUCGCCAUCGUGAGUCUCCGGCCACUCCCCGCCCGCUCGUGGUUCGGUGUGGGCGGCUGCACGCUGAACAGCCAUGCGAAGGUCGCCUCCCGGUCGGCGGCGGAGCACCGCGCCCGCGGGGACCUGGAGGUGAGCUCCGACGGCGCUCCGCUCGCUCGCCUCGACACCAACGUCGCCGUCGUGAUGAAGACCUACCGCGGCAGAGUGACAUCCCUCGGCCCAUCGUGGACCUGCAGGAAGCCUAGUUCACCGCCUGACGAAGCCUACACGGGGAGUAAUAUCGAGUCCUUGUUGACGGAGCAUCAUUGGGAAAUGCAGUUUAAGCUGUUCAGUUGGGGAAACGAAACCUACACUCACACUCCACUGAAGGUCAUCUGCCAGACUGUAGUCGAGUUGGAUACCGCCUUAGAUGUCCUCGGGUCUGUCAUGAACGUCACCCUGGUUCCCGUGCCUCUCCUGGCGGGCGGACCUGUGGCUAUCACCGUCGAGAUCGGGGACAGCUCUCACACGAAGCUGGAGCAUUACGUUGCAGAGGUUCCUGAAGGAGGAGAAGUGUACUACCUUCCCUACCAGGCUUCGGAAACCGGGGUCUUCGUCGCCACGGUUGAGGCUAGGAACAUGAUCAACGGAACCACCGGGACCUUCAAAGUGGAGAUCGUGCCUUAUAUCGUACAGGCAGAGUGGACGAUCACGACUGAGAAGCCUUGGGCAACGGAUCCCGGAGACUUCGAGGUGACCUUCUCCUGCAGUGAUAUCUCGACGCCGCCUUGGACAGCGUCGCUCUCCAUAUAUCAGGACGGAAUUGAAAAAGUGACCCCCGUGGAGGUGGACAUCGACCCUGAAGGAGCAGCCAAGGGCCCCUUCACCUUCUCCUCCAAGGUAUCCUUCACCCUGGCCGCCCUUAGCCCAGGACUCCACCCUGUGCAAGUCCACCUCUAUAACAACGUCUCCAGGGCUGUCUACAAUCUCACGCUGGACAUGCGCGAGCCCGUGACCCAGGUGGAAGCGGAGGUGGGCAUGCAAGUGGUUCCUGGCGGCGACCUCAUCCCCAUGCAACAAGGGACGGACAUUCUCCCGGCAAAUAUCACUAUUGUCUUUACGCCGUCUGUUGCAACGGGGGUGCCAUCCUACUGGGGGCUUUUCGACGAUGCGGGGAACCAGCUCGCCGUCACCAACUCAACAGAGGACCCGAUCCACCACGUCUUCACUAAGGAGGGAGGCAUCACGCUCCUGGUCAAGGCAUACUCCGAGGCUGAAUACUGGGUGGCGCAGGACCCGCCUCUCACCGUCGAGAUAAUGAGCAAGAUCCAGGGGCUCGAGUUUACGGACUUCAACCUCAUUACUCCGACGAACCAGACGAAGAGUUUCGGCGCUUCCUUCACGGUGCUGCAUCCUGUCACCUGCCUCAUCGUGGACUUCAACGACGGCACGCCCCCGGAGGCCCACGGCGACGCCACCACCUGCGCCUCCAAGUUCCCCUCUGUGGAGAACUUCGUGGGCGGCCCCCUCACCAACCCUUACAACGUGACGCAUGUAUACUUGCAGGAAAAUAUCUACAACGUGUCCGUAAUCGUGGCCGACUUCCUGAUUUCCCUGCGCACAUUUCUUUCUUUUAACGUUCGCUACUUUAAACCUGUAAAUCCGUGCUUCGAUCGACGCUCUGGAAGACCUCUGCGCCAUGCCGGGCUCGAGCGUCCUCUAGAGUUCUGCUACGAAGCGAUUUGUUUUCCUCGAGUCUGGAGGCCCCGGGGCGUCCUCUUGCCCGGAGCGUCUCUGGUCCUGUCGACUCUGAAGGCCCAUCCGCGUGUUCGGAUCUGGGCGAGCGGCCUCGGGACUCGCCUUGGACAAGGCCUCCAGCGUAUAGAUCCCAGAUCACCCUCGUCCUCGAUGGAGGGGACGCACGUCGAAGGCCGCCACCUCCCCCGAACGCCUGCUACUCCGCACUAUACUGGGAUUUUCUAG